CUCUCGGAUACUUCUGAGGAAACCUCACCAUUUUUUUCCUCCAUUGCCACCAUGCAUGGCUUCCUCUUCUUCUCAUCUUUUCCUUCUUUUCUCUUAGCUUCCUUUCCCCCUCCCACGGGGUCCUUCAAUAUUUGAGGGACCCUUUCCUUCAACAUUAAAGGCUUCAUUCAUCCUUUCUGAGAGAUUUUUUGUUUUUGUUUUUGGAUGAGAAUGUUGUUUAGAAUGAAGACUUUAUAAAUAUAAAUCAUAUUUAUAAAUUUCUUCCAUUGAUCAGAAGCAAGCCUUUGAGGUUGUUUGUUUGAUCCAUCCUGGAUUGUGUUGGAAGCAUGAAUUGCUUCCCGUGUUGCACCGCCCAGAAAAGUAAGAAAAGCAGGGAGCAUGGUUCUCCAACAUCCAAGGAAAUUGUUCCAGGAAAAACACCAGAUAUGAAGAAACCUAGAGGAGAUGAGGCAAAUCAAUUGGACACUGAAAAUGUUAAUGCACAACAUUUCACAUUCCGAGAGCUAGCAACCGCCACAAAGAAUUUUCGUCAGGAAUGCCUCCUGGCUGAAGAUAGCUUUGGCAGAGUGUAUAAAGGGACAAUUCCUGCAACAGGGCAGGCUGUGGCCGUGAAGCAACUUGACAGACAUGGAACACAAAGCACACAAAGUUAUAAUGAAUUUGUAGCUGAUGUUUCAGAGCUGAGUCUCUUGCACCAUGAAAAUUUGGUGAAUCUCAUUGGUUAUUGUGCUGAUGGGGACCAACGUCUCUUGGUGUAUGAAUUCGUUCUUGGGUGUACUCUAGAAGAACGUCUUUUUGAAAAUAAAACAGGGCAACCUGCAUUGAACUGGUUCGAGAGAAUGAAAGUGGCAGCUGGUGCUUCUAAAGGGCUUGAAUACUUACAUGAAAGUGCUAAUCCCCCAGUUAUAUACCGGGACCUGAGAUCCUCUCACAUCAUGCUGGAUGAUGAUUUUAAUGUGAGACUGUCCGAUUUUGGAAUGAUAAAACUUUCUGGGGGAGACAAGAUGAACCAUGCACCGCCAAGAAUUAUGGGUACCUAUGGUUACUGUGCUCCAGAGUAUGUAAGAACAGGUCAUGUCACCUUAAAAUCAGAUGUGUAUAGUUUUGGAGUCGUCUUGCUAGAGCUCAUAACUGGAAGACGAGUCAUUGACACCACAAGACCAAAUGAAGAGCAAAACCUCGUUGCAUGGGCACAACACUUCUUCAGGGACCCAAAAAGAUAUCCAGAUAUGGCAGAUCCACUUAUCAAUAAGCAAUUCCCAGAGAAGGAUCUGAAUCAAGCUGUUGCAAUUGCAGCUAUGUGCUUACAAGAGGAAGCACAAGCCCGUCCCUUGAUCAGUGAUGUUGUAACAGCUUUGAGCUUUCUUUCCAUGGUUCCUCCAGAUGUUAUUCCACCCCCUCUCCACCCUGCUACCUCUAUCUCUAAGAAGAGUAGUGCUGGUGAAAGCCAAGGAGAAAGUGGAAGUGAAAGCGAGAGCGAAAGUGAAAGUGGGAGUGGAAGUGGAAGCGGAAGCGAAUCAGAAGAAUCUGAUAGUUCAGAAGAUGAGAAAGGAAAAGGUUCUAAAAAACAUGAUGAUGAUACAGCUAAAACAAAAUACCAAGAAAGUGAUGUCAUAGACAUUGAAGAUGAUUAUUACAAGGAUGAAAACCCACAUGGGUCUAAUGGCCUACCUAUGUUUUCCCCCAAAUCGAGCCGCAAAAGCAGCACGCGAACGAGGAAAGGAACACUUAGUUCAGAUUCAGGAAUUGGAAGUGUUUCUUCCAGCAGCAAAAGCGGUAGGAAAUCACGUGGCGCGGUUGGUAAUAAUUUAAGCCAGAAGAAGACUAGCCGAAAAUCUUCUUCUGUAAGCAAGAAGAGCAGCCGAAAAUCUUCCACAAAGGAUUUAAGCCGUGGAAAAUCCUGUGUUAGCAGAAGUAGUGUGGGGUCAGAGGAUGGAGAUGUUCUGUUAGAUGGUAGCAGCAGCAGAAUAUCACAAGGAUACAUAUCUUUUGGCCUUACCAGUGGAGUGAGUGUUCAAUCAGAUCUCGACCACAACAGCAGAACUGAAGAAGAGAGCAUACACUUAGAUCAUGAAUGCAGCAUAGGAUCAGAUGAGGAAAGUGACCAUCCUUUCGACAUGAUUAGCAGCAGUGGAUCAGAUAACGGAAGUGUUCAUUCAAGAUAAAAAUUAUCAACCACUGGUUGCCACUUGCAAUGUUGCGCAGGCACGCGCACCAAGGGAUCUUCUGUUCUCAACCUGUCUCAUUCUCUGUCCCAUCAAUAGAAUUCUUAACAUGUCAAUUAAAAUCAAGAUUUUGUUGAUGGAACAGAAAAUUGAGAUGUUAUUUGAGAACUGAAGAUGUUUAUCCCAGUUUGUUUGAGCCAUACAUCAUAAUCACAUGUGGAAAUAUUCUCAAACUGAAACUUGGAACUCAAGCCUACUUUAUAUGUAUUGUUUUGUUUAAUAGGUUGUGUAUUUUUUAUUACUUGUCUACUUUUAGUUCAAGAACUAGAGUGAAGACAAAGAUGAAUUUCCAUAGGGUAACUGUUGCAUUACUGGAAAAAUGAUUCCUGCUUGUUUUAUAUUAUGAUAGCCAUUCUAAAGGUUAUCAAUGUCUAACUCACACACAUAUGCAGAUCAUUCCUAGAGUCUUUAUUUAGACUUCUCUACUUCAUUUU